AUGCCGAAAAAUGUGGCAAAAGCCACCUACCUCGUAUCAAUUGGUGCAAAUGUUCUCACUUUGGUCCUAUUUCCCUCCUAUUUUAGUCCGGCGGAUGCGAAGAAGGGAGGAAUAACCCCUGCUUGCACUCGAGGUCCUCCAUCACCACAAUGCGGAGGCGAUGAUAUGACAAGGAGCACUCCACCACUUUCUCCUCCUCUCGACACCGCCACCAUAAUCGGCGUGACGAAAUUGGAGAGCGCAGAUGCACUGAGAUCGGCGAAGUCGAUCUGCCACUUUCGAGACGACGGUAGUCAUUCACUUCACUGUGAUAGUCGUAGGUACGGUGAAGAUCGGGAGAGGGAAGGUGAAGGAAAGAAAAAACGGGACAAAACUUCAACUGAGGCGCCAGCAUCAAAGUCGGAGGGAGCCGUUUUCAAAAUGGCUGUUCCGCCGCUGGCGCUGACACUACUACCACCACUCCCAGGUUUUAUUUAUGCAAAAUCGUGCAGGACCGCCGAAGAGGAGGUGAAGACUACCCUACAGCGUACCCUGGCGCCCAAAGCUUCAGGUUUCACUUUACCCACUGUCGUACUCUCCAUCGCCGAGGACUAG